AUGGACGUCUUGCCUCAUCGAAUCGCAUCCACCAUCGGAGGCACGGACUAUUACUCGACCGAGAUUCGAAACGUUGUGGAGAUCAGGCAAGAUGUCGAAGAUCUUUGGGGUUGUGAGCCGGAGCAGAUUAAGGUUCUGGAUCUCGACCUCGGCCAGUCGUGUGUGCUCCGAGCAAUCGCGCUACUUUCCGAAAAUGCUCGCGACAAAGGGGCUCUCGAUAUCACAGCGAGGAAGCAAGGCGACUCUGAUACCGAUGUGGACAUGCAGGACCCUUGCGAAGGCUCAGCACUAGCUACUGACGAUUAUGAUACCGAUGUUGAUAUGGAGGGCCCUUGCGAAAGUUCAACACCAGCCCCUGCUCCAACGCUAGGCCCUGCUUCCGCCACCUACUACAACCUGGUUGUGAACCAGAAAGCCGUUUACCAGCCAAUCUUCAAGCAUCGACGCUGGAUAGAAGAGCAAAAAUAA